AUGCGCCUAAAUGCAAAAUACGUGUUCUGCGUUCAGCAUUGCUUGCUACGCUCUUCAGUUCUAUUCUUCUAUGCAAUAUUUUCACAGACCACAGCUUUGCGAUGCUACGUUAGUGGACCCACACCAAAUAACAAUAGUGUUGACGUUCCACUCCAGGAAUGUCACCCAACUGUAGUGUCCUGCAUGACAACAAUCAGUUGGGUAAACAAUUUCUCCUCGUUCUACUGCUCAACAAGAAAGUGCAUUACAAAGACUGGAGAGACCAGUUCUUCCACAACAUCGACAUUCUACAACACUGUAAACGAUUCGCAAACGAUCUACUGCUGUUACACAGAUGGAUGUAACUCUCAUUCUUCGACACGUUCCCUCAAAUCGAGCUUAUCUUUUAUGAUCCUCAUAACUGUCAUCUUCUUUCGCAUCAGUUGA